CUCCAUAAGUCAUCGCCUUCUCUGAUCUCCAAGCAAAAAGUCCAGUCAAGCCAUUGCAUCUUCCCCUUCCCCACCAUUUUUUUUUUCUCUUCAUUUCCUUAAUUUCAAAUCCCCACUGUAAGUUUUUUUAACUUUUCUCUCUCUCUCUCCUCUUCUUUAAAGUCAUACGCUUUUGGCCUCUCAGCUCGGGUUGUCCUCGUUUUCCAUUUCGGGUCGUAAGGUGUUUGUGGAAAUUCCUCGGAGAACAAAAAGUUGGGGGCGAGAAAUGGGGUUUUCGAAGGAAGAGAAGUCGAGGAAGGUGUUGAGAGGUGUUAAGACUGUGUUUUUCUUGAUCACCAUGUUGGUUUCUUUGCUGGUGUUGUCUGCUCCCGUGUUGCUUGUUAUCGCCGAUACGCUUCUUCCGUCGGCUUUGCUAUCUGCUUCGUUGUGGCCGUCGUCUUUGUCCAUGGCUACCGUGUCGGCUCAUCUUAGUGAUUAUGAUUUUCGAUAUUCUCUCAUCGAUAUUCCUCUCAUAUCUAUUAUACGAUCCGCUGUUAUAAUCUGUGUUUACAGCUUAUGUGAUGGACCGAGACUAUCCAGAGGGCCUUAUUUGGGAAUUACAAUGAUUUGCUCUGUCUCAUCUCUGAUUUUUGUUUCAUUAAAAGCAUCGUUUGUGUUUGGUGCUUCUUCAAGCCUGCAACGAGAAGGGUACAAUAGAGUCAUGGAGAUAGCUUUGUUUAUUUGCUCCUUGGCUUUGGCUAUUGGGCAUAUAUUUGUGGCAUAUAAGACAAGUUGCAGAGAGAGAAGGAAGCUCCUUGUUUACAAGAUUGACAUUGAAGCUAUUUCAGCUUGCAAGAAUGGGUUUCCUAGGUAUCAUAAGAUUCUCCACGAAGAAAGAGUGAAGUGAACAUGCAUCAAAACUAAUCAAAUCAAAUGCUAACAUGACUUUUCUUACAACUUGUUUUAUUGGCCCAUCACAUCCCCGAGUUUCAGGUUUCAGAUCCAUUCCACAAGGAGGAAAAUGAAUUACCUGGAGAUAGGAUAUAUGGGUAGAGAUUAGUAAGAAAAAUAACCUUUAAGAUACUAUUAUACACCAAUACAGAUACGGAUUAAUUGUACAGAAAGUGUCAGAUCCUGUAUUAUUACAAUCAGAUGUAUAAAUGAUUAUAGAGGAUAAUGAAUAUGAUUUCUUGAUUCUUCAAUAAAUCAUUUGUUCAUGGUUCCAUCUGUAUAGUUUGUUUGUAUAUCAAGGAAGUGCAAGAAAUCAUCAUGUUCAAGAAAUUAGAAGGCA